GCUAGUUAGCCACUGAUCAGCAACAGUUAAAGGAUUACAAUAGAGAGUUACUAUAAAAAAAAUUAAACUUGUGAAAUGUUGUCACAAAAAUUAAGAGAUCAAAGUAUUUUCGUAAUCAUUUACGUAUAUUUUGUACUAAAAAUUUCGCUUACAAUUUGUGGUCCUCAAGGAGAAACUGUUAUCCAACGUAAUACUUUUUUGGAAAAUGGUUGCUACGAAAACCCCAUUAAGGAACCUCUUCAUUCUGAUCCCAAUCGUUAUCUGUUACGCGAACAAUGGAUUUGUCCACCUAAUGCGAUUAUCACCCACAUUACGAAAAGUAGUUUCAAUGGAACCGCCAACUCUGUCUUCCUUAAACAACUUUCUUCAAACUCUACCAUCAUUGAACGUACGGCACCUUUAGAAAAUGGAUGUUUCCAAGAAACUAUCAAGCAAGUCGAUCCUUUAAAUGCAAGCCAUUUAAUAGUCAACAAUUCGUUGAUAUGCCCAGCUGGAAAUGAAAGUUAUGAUCAGAGGAAUAUUACAGAAAAUAUUCUAAAUCCUCUGCUUACUAUAAUAGAACGUACCGCUCCAUUAGAUAAUGGUUGUUUUGAGGAAAUCGUAAAGGAAUCAAGUUCUACAAGUUUGCAGCAUCUUAUUACUGUCAGUAAGAAUUUUAUAUGUCCACCUGGCUUGAAUGUUACCUCUGUACAUGGUAAUGUUAACAAUCAGCUAUUGCCUCCUCAUGCUCCGAAUAAUACAUCAACCCAAUUAGUAAAUAAUUGCAAUACUACAAAUCAUUGUAAGAUAGCUAGAAGCUCUAGCAAAGUUGGUAUUUCAUUAUCCUUAAAAGGAUUAUUUUUUAUGGUUUUUAUGACACUGCUGUCAAAUAUUCAUAUAUGACUUCUUUAAUGAUGAAUUAAGAGUUUUUUUGUAUUAAAGUUUCGAAUAAUGUAAA